AUGGCUCGUCUUUUCUCACAAACCCUAAUUAGAACAACAUCAUCAGCAUCGAAUUCCUUGCAAACAUUCAAAUUAAGCAUAUCGCAGCAGCAUCGAUUUGCGAGCCAAUCUGGAAAAUCUCAAUUGAUCGAGGUCGACCUUGAAUCUGAUAGCGAUGUGGAAGUUUUAGGGUUGAGAAAGCUCGAAGAUGCUAUCCAUAGUAUCAUCGUGAGACAAUCGGCGCCUGAUUGGCUUCCUUUCGUUCCUGGUUCAUCUUACUGGGUCCCUCCUCGCCGUCACCGGCCUGAUUCUCACGGCAUCAUUAGUGUGCUCAGAAAAUUUAGCAAACCGUUGACGGAUGAAGAAUCAAUGUCUAUUUCUUCCUCACGUGGUUGGCCAUCCUCCGCUUAUUUCAUUGAAGGCACAUCCGUUAUGCAACCAUUGACUAUGGAAAUGGAAGCAGAAGUGGAUGAUGAAUUCAUCUCCACCAUAAGCCCUGAGAUCUUUCAAACUCGCUUCCUAUUGUAGAUAUUUUUAGAAAAAGACUAAAAUGCCCUUGAAGAAGUGGAAGCAAACAUGGUUGUACAGUUUAAGGCCUAUGGAUACCAGUGAUUUGAGCUUUCUGUAUGUUGUUAUAACAUUCUCGUAUUCUGACCUUC